AAAUGUGAUUAUUUGUACGACAACUGAGAGGAUAUAGAGAUGUUCCGGUUCGCAAUGCGGACUAUUUAAGAUGGCGGAGCGACACAGAAGGCGCUCUCCGCGUUGUCCUUUUUGAGAAAGUGCUCGGAGUUUUGGAGAUAGAGGAGGAGGGUGAACAAACGCAGCGGGGUUGAAGGGUCUCGGGGGCAGCAUCACUUUCCAAAGUUUGUCUCGCUAAUUUCCUGGAGUCUCAGAACCUUCGACCGGGCCCGUUUUGUUUACAUUUUGUGGCACAUGCGCAUGCGUUUAUCUGCGUUUCACCACUCCGCGCGCUCCAGCUGGUUCGGCUGGCGUUCACAGACUCGGUCCAGUGAAUAGAAUGAUACCGAGCCGGGCCGGGUCGGCACCAGCAGGAAACGGGUCCGCUUCAGGCAGGGGAACCACAGGACACGGGGCGGGGGUUGUUGGCAUCGGGAUCCGUCCCGUGUUGGUGAGAGCGGGGCAGGUUUUACCGGGGGGCAGCGACAGCGCCGGGGCUGCGGGGCGACAGGGGGGCAGGGACUCAGUCGGGAUGCUGGGGGCGAACGGUCCAGGUGGUCCACGAGGUGUGAGACCGGGGAACGGCACCGGGGUGACCUCUCUGCAGACCGCGGUCCAGGCCGGCAUGGUGGCGCUAAACGCGGGAAUCGUGCUGCCUCACGGAGCCCGGUUCGACCCGGACAGGGAGAGCGCUCCGCUGUGCAGCGGCUCGGAGAAUGACUCGGACUCGGGGGAUGAUGACGACCCCGUGUUCACUGGGGACAGCAGGAGAGGGGUGAAGCGGGAGAGGGGAGAGAUGGAGGCGGUGGUGACCGGGCAGGAGGUGGGGGUUCCUCCCGGAGGCUACGGUAUGGUGCCCGGAGGGGUCGCCGGAGCAAAGCCGGGGAAGAAGACACGUGGGCGCGUGAAGAUCAAGAUGGAAUUUAUUGACAACAAGUUGAGACGUUACACCACCUUCAGUAAGAGGAAGACCGGGAUUAUGAAAAAGGCGUAUGAACUCUCCACCCUGACGGGGACGCAGGUUCUGCUGCUUGUGGCGAGUGAAACGGGUCACGUCUACACUUUUGCCACCCGCAAACUCCAACCCAUGAUCACGAGCGAAACAGGAAAAGCUCUGAUCCAAACGUGCCUCAACUCGCCUGACUCGCCCCCCCGCUCUGACCCCUCCAUGGACCAGCGCAUGAGUGCCACCGGCUUCGAGGAGACGGACCUCACCUACCAGGUGUCUGAGUCGGAGAGCAUGGGCGACACAAAGGACACACUGAAGCCCACCUUCACGGUAGCCAGCCUACCCGGCACCACCAGCGCCGCCCAGUCCACCGUGCCCACCACCUCCACCACCAUGCAGGUGAGCAGCGGACCCUCGUUUCCCAUUACCAACUACCUGGCGCCCGCCUCGGGCAGCAGCAACAUCAGUGCCAAUGGUACCGUCCUCAAGACCACCGGGGGCUCUGCGGGUGUCAUGCAGCUGCCUGGCGGCUUCACCUUCAUGCCCGCAGGCACUCCUCUCCCCCCCGGCACCCCCACCAUUCCUCUGAGCCAGCUGCAGCAGCACUCCCUGACCCUCCAGGGGCAGCACGGUGCGACACUGGCAGCCGCCCCGCAGUCUCAGCACGGACAACAGGCCGUGUUCCGCUUCCCCGCUGCUGUAUCCCUCACAGGUCCCGGGGUCCCCCAGCAGCUCCAGGCCAUCCAGGUCCAUCCCAACACCUCCAACAGCGACAGCAGCCCCGAGAUGUCCCACACCUCCACAAACUCCACCACCACAGUCAGUCUCCCAGCAACCAUCGUCACCUCCUCAGUGCCCACGUCUGUGGCGGGUCACAUGAUGUACCCGAGCCCCCACACCUUGAUGUACGCCUCCACGCCGGGGCUGGCUGACGGCGGCCUGGUCCUCAACGCCUUCUCACAGGGAACCUCAGCCAUGCAGGUGUCCCACGCACAGGGCCAGGACACAGGCGGUGUCCCUCAGGUGUUCCUCACAGCACCCCCCGGCACAGUGCAGAUCCCCGUCUCAGCGGUGCAGCUUCACCCAAUGGUGAUUGGUCAGCAGUCGAGCGGCAGCAGCAGUAACCUGACGGAGCUGCAGGUGGUAAACCUAGACGCUGCGCAGAACUCCAAGAGCGACUGAUGGACGGCGGGCGCUGUUUAGUGUUACACCGACACACACACACACACACACACACACAGAUCUCUAUUUAUUGAUGCCUUCCUUCAGUUUCACUUCACGCUCCGAAUGUGAUGUUAAAAACAUAUUUAAACACAAUCAAAGGGCGUGCGUGUGCAUGACCCUUACUCAGUACGUUUUGAUAUAUAAAUAUAAAUAUAUAUAUAUUCGAAAAAUGCAUAGGAGAUAUAUCACUACAUCCAUCACCGGGACGUUUCCUGUGCCGUUAGAUGGUGUUAUUUUUUUGGUGUGUGUGUGAUUUUUAAAAACGUGUAUUUACAUGUACACACACAUGCGCUCACACACACACGGCGAGGUGCCGCAGCUUCACACCAGCCAAAGAGACGUGUGUGUCUGAAUGUUCCAGUGUGAGCAACCUGUGCACGAGCGCUCUGUGUGUGUUUGUGUGUGUGUGUGUGUGGGGUGGGGUUUGUAAAUGGGCGGGGGAACUCUUAUUGGUUUAAAAAAAGAGACGUUUAGAAAUGUACAUAUUUUUUUUUUAAAUUGAUAACUUGUAUUUUCAGCCUGGUUGAGUUUGUGCGACGGCAUGUAGUUGUUUUCUACGUCGUGGUUUUUUAUGUUCAUGACGAUGAUUUACUGAGGAGGGGUUAUGAAUUAAAAGCUGUCUGACGCUGACGUGCUGUCCUGAUGUUUUCACAUGUGGAGAAAGAACGCUGGAGGUUUUUCUACUUUUUCUUUCUGUUUGUUUGAGACUUUUGUUUUUCAGAGUGUCCUCUAAAGACGCCGAGUCACAAAAUGUAAAACAUGACAUUUCUGUUUCUACAGCGGGAACGUCACAAUGACUCACUGUCAGAAGAUUUCUGAUCUGAAGAUUUUAAAACGAUGACGAGAUGAUUUAUUUCAGGCAGGUUUUUUAAAAAAUGCCUGAAAAUUCUGUGUUUGAUUAAAAGUCCUGGAAGCCCGGCGUAUGCUGUACGAUUGUUUAAAGUCGUAGUGGAACAUCAGCUCACUCUGUACGGCUGAAUUGUUUACGACGCUUGACCCAAGGACACGAUUAAUGAGCUCACACUGAACGACCUGAGAGCUCACGUUGUACGAGUUAGAUCAGGAUGGAGCGUUCACCGAUCUCAACAGGAAACUCCAACAGACUUGAUUUCAUUUGUUCAUGUUCACGGCUCAGCUGGGCUACACACACCGGUAAAGACGUUCUCUCUCUCCCUGAUGAUAGGCGGCGGGGGGGAGACAGACGCUGUAUUUUAGUGUGUGUGAGGUAAAAUCGAGGGGAUGUCCUGGAGUCGGUGAAUCGGCUCUUGUUGUUGCUCACACUGAUAUUUUGGUCUUAUGACUGCAUGCAACCGCACUAACGCGUUCCAACCGGUCGGGCGCUGCUGAUAAAACGGUGAUUGGUCGUCGUGCGUUAGUGUGCACUGCACGCCGGGACGAUUGGGCUGAAUUCUGCUCGACUUCCAAACGACUCAUAAGGGGUCUUAAUCGACCUGAAAUGGUUCAGAGUACAUCAGGCUUAAUGCGAGGGAAAGGCAUUGGUGGCAGGAAAAAAGGAGAGAAGGAAGAUUAUUAUUUUUAUGAACAAGUCGAACUGUAACGGGAAAAUCUAAAUAAGACAACUUUUUAUAUUUUGCAGAAUGUGAAAAAUAAACUGUGAAAAAUAACAGAUUUUACCCCAGAUUAAUUUCUGUCCUAAAGUUCAUCAUCAAAACAUGUAAUAAUUAGAUUCACUUCCUGGUUUCCUCCUCAUGCCUGGCACCAAUCCUCGUCUUUAUGAAAAAUUAAGAAUAUCAAACUGUGAAACACUGAAAAUGACUUCACUGUCAAGUCCUCGUGUCGCCUGCAACUUCUCACAAUAAUGUGACAGUAAAGUCAUUUUCAGCGUGCCACGGUUUGUUUAUCUUUUCAUUGUGUGUUCCUGCGAACGAGUGUCGGUUGUCCGUGCACAGUGUUCCCUGCUGGUCGUUCAUAUUUAAGCUGUUAACUUAUUUCUAAAGACGCUCAUCUGCAGGGCAGUGAAUCUGAGUGCCAAACUAUCACCUGACCCUCUACUUCUUUUAGAACAAGGUGACCGACUGUAAACUUGUCGCUCUGAUCUGCACAACUUGAAUCAUGUGAAUCAGCUGCUGACUCGAGUCAGACUGUGAGGUUUAACAGCCCUCCACUCAAACACCUGAGUGUGUGUUUGUGUGGAGGAGCAGCUCAGUGUUCAUCAGCUGUAAUACGACAACAUUGAGUACUUCUCUCAUGAUUUAUCAGGUGCUUUAAAAUGUUCUGAUUGUUGUGUGAGCGGUGAGCUGACUGCAGUUUGACCCUCAGCAUCAUCAUCACCACGCAGACGGACCGAGAGCCUUCUCCUGCACCACAGUGCCUCUUCUCCAUGUUCACUGCAAGACAAGGGAAACACUCACAUCACCUGAUUCUCAGAGCACAGAGACUGCAGAGCGUGACGGGCCUCGAGUCCAAAGACAAUCUGACAGAA